AUGGAAGUUGAUGCCGAUUUUGGAAAGACAAAAAGAUAUUUAUAUAUGUUUGGUGCAAUGUUCGGUAGUUUGGCAAGUUAUUAUCUUAGAAACUUAUUCUACACUCGAUAUUCCAGAAUUAAAAAGGGUUGUCCUGAAGUAAUAUUCGAUAAACCAUGGAUAGGAACAUUAAUGAUGGCUAUUGGAAUGUCUCUUUCCAUUGUAAUUUAUUAUAUUCAAGUCCGUUGCGAUCCAAAAAAUCAUACAAAAAUUUCUAAAACACCUAGAUAUAUUGUUUUACUCUGUAUACUUCCAGGCUUAUUAGAUCUGUUGUAUUCUGCUUUCUAUUCUUUUUCCAUUGUUGCAAUUACAGGUUCAACAUCUAUAUCUUUAAGAUAUUUCGAUUUUCUCUUUGUUAUUAUUAUUCAAAAUGUAUUUUUAUCUACUAUUAAUUAUGCUUAUCAAUGGGUCUCAUUAGGAAUUGUUGCAAUAGGAAUAAUUCUUGUAAGUUGUAGUGUUGUAUUAGGCUCUGAAAUCAAACUACAAUUGUUACCUACUGUACUACAAGUAUUGGCACAAUUAUGCUUUUCAAUUCGAACUUUAAUUUUACAGAAAAUGCUGCAUGAAAAUGACGUUUCUAACUGGCUUUUAACAGGUAUCAGUGGAUCAUAUGAAGUAAUAAUGAUAUUAUUCGGAUUUUAUCCAAUUUCAUAUAUAUUACCUGAAAAAACUUUCUCUUCUUUGCAUGAGGACUUUUGUCUUUCAUGGAAACUGACUACUAGUUCCUUAUCAAUCAUUAUUUUGUUUAUUGUAUAUAUUCCUAUUACAUGUUUAUAUAAUUCAUCAGUUGUUGGUACAAUUAUGACAACAAAUGGUGUCGGAUAUACCCUUGUUGAAAUGAUUAGUGGUUCUAUUGGUUGGGUUAUUGAUCUAAUCAUUUAUCACUUCUUUAAAGGAAGAUUUAUUUUGAAAUCCCAUACAAAGUUUGGUGUGAACUGGAAUUCGUAUAGUUACUUAAGGUUAAUCGGAUCACUCACAUUCUUACUUGGAGGAGUGAUAUACCUGAAGAUAAUUAAAUUUCCAUGCUUUAAAUAUCCAAGUCCGUCUGUUAGACGCAUUACAAUUGAUCAAUCAACUGGAAAUGCUUACCCAGCUGAAGUCAAACUCGAAGUAUGA